AUGCCUCACGAAGUUGGACAUAACGGCAUCAUGAGGGCGGCUCAGUUCAACACUGUCACAAAGAAAAUCACCGUUAAUAGGAUCCCAAUCCCAUCAUGCAAGCCCCAUGAAAUUCUGAUCAAAAACAAAUGUGCAUCACUGUGCCAUUCAGAUCUGAUGCUCUUUUGGGAUAGCACUGCUGAGCCUGCGACAACCGAAGAUGUCACGAUUGGCCACGAGAAUACUGGCGUCGUAGUGGAAGUGGGCAGCAAGACAACGGGCUUCAGCGUCGGGGACAAAGUUGGUUGCCUUGGCUGCAGCUACGCGUGUUACAAAUGUGAAGCAUGCAAGAUCCACAAUCUAUUGUGUCAAGAGGGAACUGGUCUUAUGCACGGCUUCAGCACUGCUGGCCAUUUUGCGGACUACUCGGUCUCGGAUUACCGAAAUGCCAUGGUCCUGCCUGAUGGUAUUGAUAUGGUUUCUGCCGCACCACUCUUCUGCGCUGGUGUUACAGCAUACCAUGCAGUCGACCAGUGUGACCUAGAGAAGGGCCAGUGGGUUGCAGUGAUCGGAUGUGGAGGCCUUGGGCAUCUUGGUAUUCAGUAUGCGAAGGCAAUGGGCUAUAGAGUGGUUGCUAUUGAUAUCUCUGAUGCUCAACUAUCAAACGCACGAUCUCUAGGCGCUGAUCUUAUUUACAACUCAAUGGUUGAUAGUACAUACCUGGAGAAAAUCAAGGAGAAGACCCAAGGAGGCUGUCACGCUGCCAUCGUUUUUAGUGCUGCUUUAGCAGCAUAUGAGCAAGCCCCAAAAUGUUUACGCGUCAACGGCCUCAUGAUGAUUGUAGGCAUCCCACCCAAAAACCUGUCAAUUAGCGCUUUAGAUAUCCUCCUUGGAAGAUACAGGAUCAAAGGCGCGAGCAGCGGAACACCAGAUAGGAUGAGCGCAGCAAUUUAUUUCAGCCACGAUAACAAAAUAAACCCACAUAUGACGACUUUCAAAGAUUUGGACGAUAUCCACGAGAUCGUCGAUUUGAUGUCGAAAGGUCAAAAUGCGGGACGCUUCGCAAUAGUCUGGGAAUAA